CUAGUUGGGGUGUAGUGGGUUAUUAAGCAUCGAUUCUUUCCAGCCGGCUUCUAUAUAAGUGGGAAAGAUGUGACAAAUUUUGUUUUGGCCCAUAAACUCUCUCCAGUGGCUCCAAGUAGCUGUGAUGCGCACAGCGGCCACACCCCGGUACACCGCGUCGGCUCGCGGGCUAAACUGGACGAGGGGCUUGCCAUCUCGGUGGUCAAGUUAUGCGGUUCCCUCCCGCACAGCGCAUGAAGUCUGUUUCGGUGAGGAAGGCAGCCCAAUGCAGAUAUGCUGAAGGGUUUGGCGGACUCGGCGACUCAGCAAGGCAAGGUGGAAGGCCUAAAGGGCGACGGUAGAGGGCGCAUAGUUGCCGUCGGCCAGACACAUCAUCCGACUUCACUUCCAGUCGUAACGGUUUUCCGUUCCAUUGGAUCGUGGUGGGGAAGGACGAGUGUGUGCGCCUGCGUUUGCGCGAACGUUUGCGCACCUUAAUAUAUCCUGCGCAUUUGACCGCUUCCGUACAUUGGACUCCGAUGACGCAAAGUCCUAUGGCGAUGGGAUGAAGUAGAGAGGUCUGGCGUGAUGCUAGCUGGGCUUUGUCUGAGUCCUGCACAUAGGCGGUCCUGGGGGUGUGAGUACACACCGUGGUCGCUUUCACACUGCAAAUUUGGGGUGACAGUGUGGAUUCGGCAGCACCCGGGACGACAAAGCAGCCCUAUUUAGGGAGGCACUGCUUUCCUCGCUCAGCCGAGGAGGGGGCUAGAAAAGGUGCCCUAAGAAAAUGCUCGCCUCACUUGGAAGGUGGUAGUAACCGCGGCUGCCAUUGCAUCUUUUAAAAACGUGGUCGAAAUAACAAGAAUCAUUGCAUGAAACCACCUAUCAUGAUUUUCGGCGCAUGGAACGUGAGGACGCUUCUAGAUCGAGACGGCAACGCCUGCCCUGAACGCAAAACCGCCGUAGUAGCUCGUGAACUUCAUCGUUAUAACGUAGAUGUAGCUGCUCUCAGCGAGACACAUCUUGCCGAUGAAGGUGAGCUGGUGGAAGGUGGUGGCGGUUACACUUUCUUUUGGAAAGGUACCGCUGCCUCCGAACCACGACGUUCAGGUGUAGGAUUUGCUGUCAAGAACUGUAUAGCAAAGCGAUUAGAGGAGUACCCAGUACAUAUCUCGGAUCGCGUUACCACUUUACGCCUCAAACUGGACAGAAACAACUACCUUAAUGUCAUCAGUGUCUAUGCUCCAACGCUGGAUAAGUCUGAUGACGUCAAGGACAAAUUCUACGAAGAGCUAUCUCAAUGCUUAGACAGCAUAAACGCCAGAGAGCAGGUUCUAUUGCUAGGCGACUUCAAUGCCAGAGUUGGUCGGGACUAUGAGGCUUGGCCUGGAGUUCUGGGUAGACACGGAGUUGGCAACAUGAACAGCAAUGGUCAGUUGCUACUCAGUCUUUGUGCUCAACACGAAUUGGCAAUAUCGAACACUAUGUUCAGACUUGCUGCUAAGUACAAGACAACGUGGAUGCACCCGAGAUCCAAACACUGGCAUUUGAUUGAUUAUGCUAUGGUAAGGCAAAGAGACAUCAGCCAGGUUGAAGUUACCCGCGUGAUGCGUGGGGCACACUGCUGGUCUGAUCACAGACUAAUUGUCACCAAGCUGCGACUCCGACUUCAUCGUCCGCGUAGAUCCACAGUAAAAAAGCCUGCGUCAUUGAACGUGGUAAGGCUAAAAGAUCGCGAAGUACGAGAGCGUUUUGCUGAUACCCUAUCGGAAAGGCUGUCGCUAGAUAUCAAGGCGGGUGACGUUGGUGCGGCCUGGGGAACAUUGUCUACCCAUCUUAUAGAAGCCGCCUCAGCUGCUUUAGGUAUGACAAGCCGUCGUAAUGAAGAUUGGUUUGACGAGAAUGACGGGGUUCUCAGGGCAGCAUUUGACAAACACCGAGAACUUUUGCGACAGCAUAGUAGAAAAGGUACAACGGCUACGGAGAUCAAAAACAGUGACCUUGAGCUACGAAAGCUGUCUCGACAGUUAAAAGACAAGUGGUGGCGUGACAAAGCUUGUCAUAUGCAAUGGCUCGCUGACACAAAUCAGCUCGGGGAGUUUUAUUGCGAGGUACGUAAAUUGAUUGGUACAUCUUGUCGUGCAAAAGUUCCUUUAAGGUCAUUAGACGGCGCGCAUCUACUAACAGGCAAAGAAGAUGUACUAAAACGUUGGGCUGAGCACUUUGACACCUUGCUUAACGUAGAUCGAUCAGCUGAUAUACGAAAUAUCGGUUUACUACCUCAACUUCCGUUAGCUACUGAGCUGGACGAGCCCCUAUCACGUGAUGAGAUUGUCACUGCCAUCAGACAGCAGCAAAACAAGCGGGCCGUUGGUUCUGACCUUAUACCAGGAGAGCUGCUGAAGUACGGCGGGGAGGAGCUACACGACUUGAUCUCGGAACUGUUUGUUCGAAUGUGGGAGGAGGAGCGGGUCCCGGAUGACUUCAAAGUGUCUCGCAUAAUUGCUCUCUACAAGAACAAGGGUGAUCGUUCCGAUUGUAACUCCUACCGUGGUAUUUCACUUCUGUCAGCCCCCGGAAAGGCCUUUGCCAGAGUUCUCUUAAACCGCUUGAAACAACUAUCUGAAAAGAUCUUGCCCGAAACCCAGUUUGGCUUCCGACCUGACCGAGGUACCUGCGAAGCUAUGUUUUCCGUCCGGCAACUGCAGGAAAAAAGUAGAGAGCAAGGGCGUCAGCUGUAUCUCUGCUUUGUCGACUUGGAGAAAGCGUUUGAUAGUGUACCUCGUGAAGCCCUGUGGAUAGUGCUUAAGAAACUGGGAUGUACGGAGAAGUUUGUAAGACUUCUAAGACUCUUGCAUGACGAUAUGCAGUGCUGUGUCGCAGUAGAUGGUGAGCAAUCAAAUUUCUUCCCCGUUACCUGUGGGGUGAAACAAGGGUGUGUCCUUGCACCAACAUUGUUCGCCUUAUACUUUGCAGUAGUAGUCAAAGAAGUCUUACAAACAGUCUCCGAGGGAGUCCGGAUCCGCUUUCGCACAGGCAACCUUUUCAACUUAGUCAGACUUAAAGCACGUACUAAAGUGUCGCACGCAUUGAUCACAGAGAUCAUGUAUGCAGACGACUUGUGCUUUUUAGCAGAAUCCCCAGAUGGGUUACAACAGCUAAUGUCCUCAUUCCACCAAGCUUGCUGCAAGUUCGGCCUAAAGAUUAGUGUCAAAAAGACUGAGGUCAUGACCUUAGACACACACGGUCACGAGACACUAUCGAUAAAGCUUGGGGAAGAUGAGCUGAAGCAGGUGCACAAGUUUCGUUAUCUGGGGAGCACUUUAACAUCCAAGUGUGACCUUGACGCCGAAAUUAACAACAGAAUAAGUGCUGCAGCCGCGGCAUUUGGCAAACUGCGUUCCAAGGUCUUCUGCUCACAUGAUCUUAAGCUGGCUACCAAAAUAUCCAUGUAUAUGGCGAUUGUGCUGCCAAACCUCCUAUACUCCUCCGAGACGUGGUGUUUGUAUCGCAACCACAUACGCACUUUAGAUCGUUUCCACCUCAAAUGCCUACGAUCCAUCAUAAAGAUCCGAUGGUCUAACCGAGUGCGUAACACCGAAGUUCUGCGACGGGCCAAUGUUGGUGGCAUUGAGGCCUAUUUAAUGCGUCGACAACUUCGGUGGUGCGGUCACGUAUCGCGUAUGGCGGAGGAGAGAGUGGCGAAGCGCAUCUUUUAUUCUGAGUAA